AUGGGGAGAGAGAGUCGGAGUGAAGAGGUGGUGGUUCCGGCGACGGCAAUUCCCGGUGGAUCAUCCCCUGGUUCCACCAGUUCUGGAUCAGUCGCCAAUGGUUGGGCUGAUGAACCUUCUGCUAACCAUUACAAUGGAUGGGCAUAUGAGAAGCCUGAAAACAAGUAUAAUGGAUGGGGAUCUAUCCCAGGUGAUGAAUAUGAAACCCUAGAAGCAAGUAGCAAUGGUUGCAUGAAGGUUGAGCUACCUGAAUCUGUACCCACUAGCAAUCAAUCAAGAUUUUUAAACGACGAAUCUUUCCCUUGUCCACCAGUUCCUUCAGCUCCACCACUUCCUUAUAUGGGUUCCAAUGAACACCAUGCCACUAAUGCUUCAAAUCAUUCGUGUUUGGAUUUCAAGAACGAUGGGGUUUCAGUGAAUCAAAUCAAGAAAGGCAAUGCAUCGUGUGUGGUAUGUUGGGAAGCUCCGGUUGAGGGAGCUUGUGUAACUUGCAGACAUAUGUCUAGUUGUAUGCCAUGUUUACGUGAGAUCGAAUCUAAACAAGGGAUUUGCCCAGUUUGUCGGGCCAAGAUUGACAAAGUUUUGAGGAUCUAUGCUAUCUAA